AUGUGCAUAGUUUCCAAAAGGGAUCUGCUAGAUGACCGGGAUACCGAAUUGCGUGGUUUACAGCAGAUGAUGGCUAACAAUAACAACAAUAUGCGCAACCCAUUUUCACCCUCAUCUUCACCCACGACAGCCAAUCAUAAAGCAGAAUCAAACGUGCCAAUCAAUACUCAUAAAAGUCCUGCAGAGGUCAACUCAGGUCAAAACAAGAAAAAUUCAUCAGUUUCACCUUCAAGGCUAUCGCCCUCGCCCAAUGCGAAGUUGGCGAGGACUAGUACAACUAGUUCUCCAGUAUCAGCAUAUGUGAAUAAUAGAACAGUUGAAAAAAUGAGGCUGGAGUUGCUAGAGAAGAAAGAUUACAUCGAUAGAAUCGAAGGUCGAAUUCAGGAGUUGGAGCAUGAAGUAGCCACUGAAAAGAGCAGCCACAUGUCUCAGAAGGACAAGGAUGCAGCUAAUAUCAGGGAACUGCAGUGGCAGCUGACGCAGUUGGAGAAGAGGUGGGCCCUCAAUGCCAACAGAGACUCUGUUUCCGCCCUAAUGAGGGGAACGACGACCAAUAACUCCACGAGAAGAAGCACUUCUCCCACCAAAGGCCACCCAGUCACAGUGGGCAGCCUGCUUGAAGACAAGGUGCAUCGAUUAGAGACCGAGCUGGCGUGUAAGGAGGAGAAGGCGAGCGAGUCUGUGAAGACACUGCAUCAGAAGUAUGCUAAUGUCAAGACUCAAUACGAGUUCAAAGUGAAGAAGUUGGAAUCUGAAUUGAGCGUGGCGAGGAAUGAGUUAGCAGCUGCAACUCUGGGACCCAACCACAAGGACCUGGACAAGGACCAUGUACGGACAUCACUGGAGAUGGACGAAGGGAAGAGAGCGAGGAGCAAGUCACCUCGCAACAGUGUCUAUCUCGAACAGGAGCUGGAGGCGACACGGCAGCGGGCGAAUGAUAAAGUGGCUCAGUUGGAAGCUCAAGUGGCUGAUUUGAAGCGACAGUUGAAGAACCAGUCGACUGCAUCAAAUAAACCCAUAAAAACUAAGGCGGGUAAGCAGCCCGAUCAAUCGAGCGAAAAUUUGUACACGAGCAAAAGUGCCCAAUUUGAAAAGAAACGGAUAGAAAACGUGGAAAACAGACUGAGGGCGCUAUUGGGCGAAUUAGAAGCAAAAAACAGAGAAAUUGCCCAGUUAAGAAUACAAUUGAAACGAGCUCAGUCUGGUUCAACUUGUUAUGCUUCUACACAGCCGAUGGUUCCGUUAGCCGAAAGGCAACUGCCAUCGAAUGGGAGUCUCGGGAAGACUUACAGCAAAGGAGCGGAGAAACAGGCUUUGAAAGGAAUCCUGAAGAACUCUGAGUCGAAACAGUUGCAGUUAGAGGCCUUAAGUUCAUCAGAGGAUGGAACUGCAAAUGAAGCCAUAGCUCCAUUGUUGUCCGAAGAUCAGCCCAAUUCUAACAAAACAUACGACCCCUCCGAGUUCUCAGGAGCUACUGUUACUACACAUGAACUGAUGACCGAGAACGAACAAUUGAAAUUGAAAAUUGAGAAACUGGACUACACAUAUCAAGACCAACUGAAACUUCUCGAAACGCGAUUGGCCGAGACUGAGAGGAAACUGGCCAAUGAGCAGCAGACGAGAGUGAAAGAAGCCUCUGAUUUGAUGGCAGCCCACGAGGCUCAAAUUAAACAACUGGUGUUGCAACAUGCAUCAGACUACAGCACUAGUAAAAUGGCACAAAUGCAGAGCAAAGUAUCCACUCAAGAGGUGCUGAUCAAACACUUGCGUGAACAAAUGUUGGCCUCUGCAGCCCAGGAGAGUGAGGUGGCCAUGUACAAGGAUAGGGAGAAGGAGAUGGAACAGAAGAUGAACACUCUCAAAGGGCAGAUUGCACGGAUCAAGGAGGCACAGACACCUGGCUCAAAGCAGUACGAGAAAGUGCUGGACAAGCUGGACGCUCUCCAGAAGAAGUACGACUCACGUGACCGGGAACUGAAGGCGAUUAUGUCAUCGAAUAGCCACUUGGCAGCCACGGAAGAAGUGGCAAAGGAAAAUGAGAGGCUGAAAGUGGCACUCAAACAUAAAUCAGAAGAGACGGCCAAGUUCAAGGUCGAAUUAGACACAAUGUUGCAACUACUGCAUUCACUGAAAACUCAGAAUGUGAAAUUGCCGAUGAGUUUAGCCAGGUUGAAAGAACAAGAACUGGACACAAAAAUGAUUACGUGACUGGUGAUUUUCGAUUUUAAUUCUAGGUUGUCUUUGUGAAUUUAGUCUAUAGAGUGAUUUGUAAAAAGUGUUAAAAUUGUAAAUUCAGUUUGAUUCUCAUUA